AUGAUAUCUGUCAGAAUUUUUAUAUUUUACCUUUUUAUAACAUUUACACCAUUUGUUCACUGUUCGCCAAAGUUAUCAAUUACUCCUUAUAUUUAUGAGCGUCUAGUAUACUUCAUUAAAGCAAGCUCAAUAUCAAGCUGUAUAACCGACAAUUUACUUUUUGUCAACAAAGCGCUUAAUGAUGGAGGUUGCCCAAAGCAUAUCAAGUUCUGCAACGAUGAAGAGAUUAAUCCUACGGCAAGCCAAACAGUGGUUGAACUAGUUCUCAGUGCCAAAAAAGGAGAACUGGGGUCGGGUUAUUUGGCUGUUGAUCACGGGAAAAAAGUUGUUAUUUUAGCAUUUAGAGGGUCUACAACAAGACAGGACUGGUUUAGCGAUUUUGAAAUAUACCCAGUCAAAUAUUCUCCACUUUGUGUGAACGAAUAUCAUAAGCUUAUAAAGUCAGGGAAGAUCAGAGAAUGUAAAGGUUGCAAAAUGCACAGAGGAUUUUUAAGAUUCACGGAAACUCUUGGAAUGGACGUCUUUAAAAAAAUGGAAGCUAUUUUGGAGAGACACCCAGGCUAUCGAAUUGUUGUGACAGGCCAUUCCUUGGGCGCAGCGUUAGCAAGUUUAGCUGGAAUCGAAUUAAGGCUAAGAGGCUUUAGUCCACUGGUGUUGACGUUCGCAACACCAAAGAUAUUCAAUAGCGAGAUGAGACAAUGGGUAGAUGAGUUGUUUGAAACAGACGCCAUAGAGAAGGAGUCAAUUCUAAAGGAAGAGAUCCAGUUCCGUAAGGGCUAUUUUAGAGUGGUGCACACGGGAGAUUAUAUUCCUAUGGUCCCACCAUUUUAUCACGCGGCUGGUUUAGAAAUGUUCAUUAAUAAAGUUGGAUUACCUCAAAAUGCAGAAGAUAUUGAAUAUCGUGGUAAAAAUAACAGGAUAACCCUGAAGGAUGGAUUUCGAGAUGGUAUGAGCGGUUUGGUUGAAGAUUGGUUACAUGUCUAUGAACAUCGUGCUUACUUCAUCGACGUGGUCGGCUGUUCUGGACUUUGA